AUGACAGUGAAACGUGUUUCAUUAUCAAAAUCUGAGAUAUUACUCAACAAUGUACUAUCAAACAAUAUACAAACAAUGCUUCUACCAUUGUAUACAUUUCAACAAUUGUCAUUUCUACCAAAUUAUUACAUACGCGACAAUUUCAUAACACCAAAGGGAGUGAUUUCAAAUAUUAUAUCGGCAAUUGGCACAUUUCUAUUCUCAUCAAUGAAUUUAAUGCGCAUGUCUAUAUCUUUUAUUAAUAACGAUCUGAAUAUAGAUUUGAUCGUAUCAAAUUUUUUGGAUGGCGGAUUGUACGCAAUCGGGUAUAUGCUGAUAUUUAUCGUAAAUAUAACGCAAAGUACAAACAAUGUGCAGUUGAUUGUAACGAUACAGAAAGUCCACGAUUCGUUAAUGUUAAACGAUAAAAUGUCUAAACGUAUUGCUUUGCAGAAUUGGAUC